AUGUCCAUCUCAUGGUGUUCAUCUCACCAUGACGUCGACAAUUGUCUGGCGAGCCGCGCUCCGUGCGGCGAGGGCGGUCGCUGUGAGAACGCGCCAGGCACCAUCCACUGCUACUGUGAACCGGGGUUCAGGGUGUCGUCCGGCAAGCAGCCCUUCCAGCCCACGCGUGACCAGGCCUCCUGUGUGGACGUUGACGAGUGUCAGGAGAGUCAGGCUCCGUGUGGGGAGGGCGGUCGCUGUGAGAACAUUCCAGGCUCCGUCCACUGCUACUGCGAACCGGGGUUCAGGCUGUCGUCCGGCAAGCAGCCCUUCCAGCCCACGCGCGACCAGGCCUCCUGUCUGGACGUUGAUGAGUGCCAGGAGAGCCGUGCUCCGUGUGGGGAGGGCGGUCGCUGUCAGAACGUUCCAGGCACCUUCCACUGCUACUGUCAGCCGGGGUUCAGGGUUUCAUCCGGAAAGCAGCCCUUCCAGCCCACGCACGACCAGGCCUCCUGUCUGGAUAUUGACGAGUGCCAGGAGAGCCAGGCUCCGUGUGGGAAGGGUGGUCGCUGUGAGAACGUCCCAGGCUCCUUCCACUGCUACUGUGAACCGGGAUUCAGGCUGUCGUCCGGAAAGCAGCCCUUCCAGCCCACGCGUGACCAGGCCUCCUGUGUGGACGUUGACGAGUGUCAGGAGAGUCAGGCUCCGUGUGGGGAGGGCGGUCGCUGUGAGAACGUUCCAGGCUCCGUCCACUGCUACUGCGAACCGGGGUUCAGGCUCUCAUCCGGCAAGCAGCCCUUCCAGCCCACGCGUGACCAGGCCUCCUGUGUGGGUGAGUGA